UGAAGCCUUCUUCCAUUCCACUUAAAAAAAAGUUCUUUUACUUGUUCGAAACAGAAUGAGAAAAAACAGUAGUCUUGUAGAGUCGUCAGAGUACAAUGCAAUACAUUCAAGAAUUUUAAAGCGAUUAAGUCUUGUGGAGCUGUGUUUGGCGGCUUUAGCGUUCUUCUUGGUCACUGUUCUAUUCGUGAGUAGAUUUUUCUACUUGAAUUUCGAAACCCCAGUUCGUAGUUCUAACCUACCUGGUUCAGUAGAAUGGCUGGGAAGCAUUAAAGUGGCAUCGCCGCCGUUGCCGUUGCCGUUGCCGUUGCCGUUGCCGUUGCCGUCGAGUUUGGAGAAUGAAGGCAUGAACGUAUCAUCGCCGAGUAUUGAGAUUGAAUAUAUGAACAUUUCAUCGCCAAGUUUUGAGAAUGAAGAUAUGAACGUUUCAUCGGAGAGUUAUGAGAGUGAAGAAUUGAAAGAGGUGAGGUUUCUUGAUGAAGGUGGAGACGGUUGUGAUAUAUUUGAUGGGAACUGGGUUUGGGAUGAAACCUAUCCUUUGUAUCAUUCCUCAGAUUGCCCUUUCAUGGAUGGAGGUUUCAGGUGCUCUGAGAAUAGUAGGCCAAAUGAUCAAUACACCAAGUGGCGUUGGCAACCCAAGCAUUGCAAUUUGCCCAGAUUUGAUGCAGAGAAGCUGUUAGAAAAGUUAAGGAACAAGCGAGUUGUAUUUGCUGGUGACUCCAUAGCCAGGAACCAAUGGGAAUCCUUACUCUGCUUGCUCUCUACUGCUGUUUCUAACAAGUCUUCAAUCUACGAAGUCAACCGGAAUCCCAUUACCAAGCACUCUGGCUUCUUGAUUUUCAAGUUUGACCAUUUCAACUGCACUGUGGAGUAUUACAGAUCGCCAUUUUUGGUCUUGUUGGGCCAUCCUCCACCGAAAUCUCCUCCUAAUGUUAGGUACGCUUUAAAAGUUGAUCAAAUGGACAGGAGUGCCAAUCGUUGGAGUCAAGCAGAUUUGCUCAUUCUCAAUUCUGGCCGCUGGUGGACUUAUGAAAAGACUUUAAGAACGGGUUCCAACUUCGAAGAAGGGAAGAAAAUGAAGAUGAAUAUGAGUGUUGAAGCUGCGUACAAGAGAUCGAUGGAGACAGUGGUGGAUUGGGUUAAAAAUAAAGUGAACAAGAAAAAGACUCUCGUCUAUUUUCGAACCUAUUCACCAAGUCAUUUCAGAGGAGGUAGUUGGAAAAAUGGGGGUGGUUGUCACUUGGAAACACUACCUGAGUUAGGUCCAUUGAGUGGUAGUGAACAUUCUUAUGUGAAAAUAGUGUCUGAUGUGUUAUCAAAGAGGGCGAGUUCAUUGGAGAUGUUAAAUGUGACAAACAUGUCAAUGAGGAGAAAAGAUGGUCACCCAUCUAUAUACAACAACAAGGGCAAGAACAAGUCACCCACUCAUAUCCAGGACUGCAGCCAUUGGUGCCUGCCUGGUGUGCCUGAUUCAUGGAAUGAGCUUCUUUACGCCAUCUUUUUCAAGCGCCAACUCAUUCGAACAUGAAAUUUUCGCACAACAUAUUCUUCUGAGUUUAACCUUUUUUGCCUAUUACUUGGGUAGCUAAACAUAGCCUACAUAGGACUCUUUUUAACAUACCAAUUCAUUCUUCACCCUUGGGAUCACACGUGUAUACUCACACACGCAUUCAUAUACUUUGAAUUGUGAUUUGGAAGUUAGCUUAGACAAAUUCGACAAAUUAUGAUUGAUUUAAGGAUAAUUACACAC